GGCCAAGAGCGAUAUACCGGUGCAAUGUACGUACCCAGAUCGGCCACCGAGUGUGGGGUGGUGUGGCAGACGUCGGUGGAGCAGCGACAGGCGGGUGAGGAUGGGGCUGGCGGGGCCGGGGGAGCCACCUCGUCUUUGUCUUGUCUGUGCCGUGUGAGCAUUCGUUGCGUUGCUGCUGUCGGUCUGUGCUUGCGGAUUGCUGGUUGGCGCUGGUGUUGAAAGAAGAUGGAGUGAAACCUUGACGGCCAAUGCUAUGAUGCUACCAAGUACGAAGUGCGCAGCCCCUGCGGACGCCGUGGAGAGCGUCCAUGUACCUGCUGGUACCUGCGCUCAUUGGCCACGGGGGCCGUCAUCGAACGAACCGGGGGCUGUGGCGCCUUGUUGCUGUGGGCGGCUUGGGAGCAGCUAGGCAGCAGAAACAAUGCAUCUGGAUUGAAUCCAUGGCUCGCACCGGGAAGUGGAUUGGAUCUUCGGUUUGGUCUGGGCGAAGCAUUGAACUCGCUGCCGAUGAUGGGCGAUGGUGCUGGGCAUGGUCAUGGCCGUGGUUGUGGUGUGUGGAUGCGGCAUCCUUCCGGCAUCUCUCAGCCAUUCAUCCACCAUCCCAUCAAAAGACACACUCACACGCAUACACACAGAUGCACGCGCAUACACCCAAUGCCACCACGCACUUAACCUAGGUUCAGCAGAGCCUCGGAGGCGCAACAAGACUACAUAGUCAUCUGCCGUAAUACGGUUUCAAUCUAAGGCCGAAGAUGAUUCUGUGGCAUACUCCAUACCGCGCUCAUCAAGCAAUUGAUCGAGGUCGGCACUGUG